CCCAGUUAUAUAUUUAUUAGUUAACUAUAAUAUUACCCCGAAAAAGAUUACCCUAAUGUUGGAGGGUCAAUUAUUUGAUGAAGCCACAGUAUUUAUAAAUUGAUCAUCCCAUAUAUGACUUUCCAAUUGUAGUAUUGCCACCUAAUUGCCAUGGCCAAAAUACUCGAGGUCUCCCGUGUUCCUCCUUUCGCAGAUUCAUCCGAUUCCCACUCGGACUUUUCUCUGCCGCUGACUUUCUGCGACACCUGCUGGUUCAAGUUCCCUCCGGUUGAGCGUCUCUUCUUCUACUCUCUCCCACAACCAAAACAAACUUUCUUAGACUCAACAAUCCCAAAACUCAAAAACUCUCUCUCUCUAACUCUCCAACACUUCCUCCCUCUCGCCGGUAACCUAAAUUGGCCUCGAGAUUCCCCAAAGCCCAUCAUCCUCUACACCCCAAACGAUGGCGUUUCUCUCACCGUCGCCGAAUCCAAUUCCGCCAAAGACUUCGACUAUUUCUCCGCUGACCAUCCCCGCGAAGCGGCGUCGUUUCACCCCUUCGUUCCGAAUCUGAAAGUUACCGAAACAGGGGCUUCGGUGAUAUCCGUGCAAAUCACUUUGUUUCCGAACAGAGGAUUUUGCAUUGGCGUGACGUGUCACCAUGCCGUUCUUGACGGGAAAUCCACGGCCAUGUUCAUGAAAUCUUGGGCUUAUAUUUGCAGAUCGGAGAAACCAGGUUCACUGCCGGAUCAGCUAAAGCCUUUCUUUGACCGGUCUGUCAUCAGAGACCCAGAUGGGCUCGGCAUCUUUUACGUGAACCAGUGGUUGGCAUCUACCAAACAUAUAGACCCAAAUCCAUUCCAGUUUCUGCCGAUUCUAGACGUACCGUCAGAUUUGGUCCGAGCCACUUUUGAGUUAAGUCGAUCCGACAGAGCCAAACUCAGGGAAAAGGUAUCGUCCUCUUGGAACAAAGCAGAAAAGCUCCACUUAACCUCUUUUGCUCUCACACUCUCCUACAUGGCUAUCGGCAUUCUCAAAGCCACAGAAGACGAUCAAAAGUUAGCCACCAAAAAGCAGAAGGUCUACUUAUUAUUCGCGGCGGAUUAUCGGAACCGUCUGAGGCCGCCGGUCCCGGAGAACUACUUCGGGAAUUGCGUCGGAAUGCCGGGAAGCUACGAGGAUUUGAGGGAGGUUUUCAAGGAUAUUCAAGCUGAUCAAGACGCGUUGCCGGUAAUGGCUGCAAAGGUCAGCGACAUGAUGAAGAAGUUAGAGGAGGACGUGAUGGAAGGAGCUGCUGAGAAAUUUUCGAAGCGGCAGUCGGAGUUUGCUAAAGGGAAUAUGCGCGUUAUCUCAGUGGCGGGGUCGCCGAGGCUCGGCUUUUACGAUGUCGAUUUCGGGUGGGGAAAGCCAUAUAAGGUGGAGGUUGUGUCUAUAGACAGAACCGGAGCUAUUUCCAUGGCGGAGUCUAGGGAUGGAAGUGGAGGCAUUGAGGUUGGUGUGGUUUUGAAGAAAAGUGAAAUGGAUGGUUUCACUUCCUUCUUUCUCGCCGGUUUAGAGACUCAUGUCUAGUUUUUCACUCAAAUCAUUUGUCUAAUUUCAAUGUCUACAAUGAUGUGUAAUCAAACAUAUCAUAUCAUAUUAUUUAAAAAUAUAUUAUAUUC